AUGCGCGGAAGCGGUCCACCAACGUCGCAACCACCACAUAGCAGUGGUGCCAUGUAUUUCCAGCAACAAUAUCAGGCACCACCGCACGAUGGACAAUUUGAUGGAAAAGUAAGGGAUUUUUCGGUUUUGUUUGGGGCUAAAUGACAUUUUCAGGUUUUUUAAGCGAGUUAGUUGAAAUAUUGGGUUUUAAUUCUAUUCAUAUGAUAGAAUGGUCUAAGACGAACAAAAUGAUAUAAAUUUUGAUGAGUUUACCUUAUCCAUAAGUGAUUUAGCGAGGCGUUGAUCUUAUCGUCUAAACCUCGCUAAAUCACUUAUGGAUAAGGUAAACUCAUCAAAAUUUAUAUCAUUCUGUUCGUCUUAGACCAUUCUAUCAUAUGAAUAAAAUUAAAAUUCAAUAUUUCAACUCACUUGCUUAAAACACCUGAAAAUGUCAGUGUUGAAAAAAAUAAAGAUGAGCAAUUCUAGCACUACGAUCAACAACCACAAUACGGCUACGAUCCUCGGAUGCAGCGCUAUCAAUCUUACGACGAAUCCAACGGCAAUCCAAACACCGCCUCUUUCCCGAUUCACGGUGUCAACGAUGGCUACGAUCAGAUUCCCCAACAAUAUCGGGGUGGCGAAAACGCUGGCCCCAACUUCAAUAGGCAACAAAUUCCCCCGCAAAAUUACCCACCACAAAUGUACGGAGGACCCUCGCAACCGCCACCACAUGUUUAUCAGGGUGGCGGCGGCGGACCACCGCAUAUGAUUCCACCGCAAGGUUUCGGGGGCGCGCAAAAUUUCCCACGUGGACCACCGAAUAUGGGAGGACCACCGGCUGGACAACAGCAACAACAACAACAACAACAAUUUCAUAUUGUUGGCGCCGCGCAGCCGAUGUAUGCACCAGGAAUGACGCAGCUCGUGCUGAAUCCUGGAUUGAUGCAACCAACACAAUUAUACAUGCCAUAUCCUUGUGGAGUUGUGACAAAGGCCAAUCCAUCGCCAUCCGCCUCAUCGGAAAAGGAAAAACCGAAGCGCGGUGGAAAAUAUGGUAGGAAAAUGAAAAAAAAAACGUAUUUUCCUUACCUUUUCUAGUAGUUUUCGACGCUCCGGUUGUUUGAAAUUACAGAUCUCAACUCCUACAAUGAGAUAUGACGGGCAAAGUUCGGGAUUUUAGAAGCUGAAAACUAGCUUCUAAGUGAUUUUCAUGAAAACCUUAUAGAAUAGCGUUGUUCAGAAUGUUCGAUAACAUAAGUUCAGAAGGUUCCGAAAGAUUUUUCAGAAAAAUUUGAAUAUUAUUCAGUCCUCCGGAAAGUUGCAAAUUUCAAAUUUUUUUGCAAAAUCUCUCAGAACCUUCUGAACUUAUGUUAUCGAACAUUCUGAACAACCCUAUGCUAUUAGAUUUGCAUGAAAAUCAUUUUUGAAGCUAGUUUUCAGCUUCUGAAAUCUCGAAUUUCGCCACGUCAUAACUCAUAUUAGGAGUUGAGUUCUGUAAUCUUAGACAACGGGAUAGUGAUUGGCGGGACAAAAACUAUUUACUAGAAAACAUGUGAAAAUCAAAAAUGUUCCCUUGUGAGCUCCAAGAGCCUAAAGAGGGACUAGUUCCAUUCAAAGUCCCCUUCCAAAAAUCCUCUAAAGCUUCAGGAUCUCAACAAUCCUUGGAUACUGCUCAACAAGAACCAACCGAAUCUCAACAGCAAGCACAGCAACAAUACGAAAUGGCUCAACAACAGCAAUAUAACCAAAGAAUGAUGGGACCACCACAGCAAUUCGGCGGACCUCAACAAUACGGUCACCCGCAAAUGUAUCCGAAUCAAGGUCCACCACCGCCGCCGCCUCAUAUGAUUCCUCCAAAUCAGAUGAAUCAAUUUGCGGCUGCUCAACAGCAAUUCCAACAACAACAAAGAGGCGGAUUUCCACCGAAUCAUCAAGCAAAUCGUGGCGGAUUUCAACAAGCUCCACCACAACAACAACAGCAACAACAAUCACCAUUUUAUGGUGGAGGACAACAAGUUGGAAGAGGCGGUGGAAUGAGAGGAGGAGGAAAUAAUGGAAGAGGUGGAUCUGUUAGAGGAGGCUGGCCAAAUAAUCAACAUGUGAGGAUUUUUGGGGAUUUCCUUGAAUUGUUAGCCCAGAAUAAUCAAUUUUUCGAAUUUUCGACCUGAAAAUUGGAAAUUCUAUAGAAAUCGCCUGGAUUUUUGUAUUCUAGGCGUGGCUCCUUGACAGACUGGAUCUCUAGGCGCUGAUUCUUGUCAAUUCAGUUUUCUAGGCGAGACUACUUGACAAAGGGAGGUUCUAGGCUCACCUGCUUGGCAUAGAAGCUCUCAAGGCGCUGCUCCUUGACGUAGAAUCUCCCAAGACGCCGUACCUAGCCAUAGUGGUUCUCAAGGCGCGGCUCCUUGACAAACUGGAUCUCUAGACGCCGACCCUAGACAACUAGGUUCUCUAGGCUCAGCUACUUGACAACUAAGCUCGAGUUUUACCAGAUAAGCUCUCAUGAGUCAAAAAUCUUCUGAUCACCUAGAAAACUACCCAAAAUCUCAGUUUUCCAUUUUAAAAAUUGAUUUUUACGAAAAAAAAAUGAUAAAUUUUCCUGAUUUUGCCUUGAAAAUCUAGAAGUUCUGAACUAUUUUAAUUAAAAAAUCUGAUUUUUGCCCGAAUUUUCACCCCAAAAUUCAAAAGUUCAUUUUUAGUCUCGUCAAAACUCUGGCCAAUAUUCUCAACAACAACAACAAUACGGAAACUAUCAACAAAAUUAUCGUCAAAACUAUCAAGGACAAGGAGGACAUCACAAUCCGAACUACAGUAGCCAACAACAGUACGAUAAUAAUACGGUAGACGACGAUGUUGCUCAUUUGACGAAUCGAAUUGAGCAUUUGGAGCCGGCGAUUUCGAGAAGCGGCUCACCAGUGAAACAAGUGUUGCAACUCAUUGAAUCGCCGCCGAAAAAUGUAGUUGAGCCACAGAAAAUUGAGCCAGAAAAAUCGGAAGAAGAGGUUGAUUCGACCACAAAACAUGAGGCUGAAAAUGCGGAAAAAUCGGGAAGCGCAAAAUUGUUUUGCUAUAAAUGCGAUCAAAUGAAGAUGCCCAAAGAGCAAGUUGAAUCGCAUUCGAUUCGAAAACCCGAUGGAAAAGCGUGGUGUCCGGUUUUGCGAGAAGAAGUUUGUCCGAUUUGUCAGAAGACUGGCGAUGAUGCACAUUCACCAAUGAUGUGUCCAAGUGUAACUGGUGAGAGAUUUUGAGCCAAAAAUUAGACUGAAAAUGAUUUUGAACUGGAAAAAUCAGAAAAUUGAGUAAUUUUGAGCUUAAAAUUUAAAAAAAUUCAGUGGAAAAAUUUUUUAAAAUCAACUGAAAAUUUCGUUUUUUGAAUAUAAAAUAAAAUAAAAAUUUCGAUAAUUUCUCUCACAAAAAGUUUUGAGCUGAAAAUUAGGCUUAUAUUGCCUUUGAACUGGAAAAAUCAAAUUUUUGAUUUUUCAGAAAAAUGAGUAAAUUUGAGCCUAAAUUUUGAAAAAUACUAACAACCAGAAAAUAAAUUUAGAAGAGCUUCCGAUUUUUUUCAACUCUAAAUUUAUUUUUUUUAAAUAAAAAUUUUAUAAAAAUUAGAAUUUUUGAAUCAAAAUUUGAUUUUAACUAAAAAGCCGAAAUCAGGCGUGUUCGUUUUGCCUGCCUGCUUUUCGCCCGGCGACGUUUUGUGCAGGCGAGGCACGCCUCGCCUGUUUUUCGAAAAAAAUAAAAAGCACGCCUCGCCUUCGCCUGCCUUCGCCGCGGCGAGAAAACGCAUGUGUGUUGUCUGUUUCAUAAAGAAACGUAAUUUAUUUGCAUGAAAAACGAUUAAUUGUGAUAAUUUCACUCAUAUUUUAACGUUAUGUGCUAAGAUUUCUUCUGAAACACAUUAUUAAGGUCAAAGAAGUGAAGAAAAGAGUCAUUUUCACUGAAAACCUAGUUUUUUUACCCAAUUUGUGAAAAAACUGUAUUUAUAAACAUUCAAUUUCAGCAAAAUGUUUUUGUAAGCUUAGAAAUAAAAAUAUAUCGCCUUACAGUUACAGGAGAACAUUUGAACGAUUUGUUUUCCAUCUAAAAAUAGCUGUUUCUUUUCCAAAUAUACUUUUUAGUGAAAACUAAAGCAAAAUCUUGAUUGAAAAUGUUGCUAAUAGGUAGCUGAAGCCCCGCCGACAACCGAAUUUAUGAAAAAAUCGAAGAAAAUUGAAUCUAUUCUCACUUGCAAAAUGCAACUCGCCCGGCGAAUCGCCGGGCGACGCCUCGCUUCGCCUUGUGCGUUGAAAAAUAAAAAGAGGCACGCCUCGCCUUCGCCUCAAUAAAAAAGGCGACGCCCGGCGUUCGCCGGCGAAAUGAACAUGCCUGGCCGAAAUGAAGCUAUUUUGAGCUCAAAGUUUAUCAAAAAUUGCAGAUUAUCAACUUUUUUAUGAAUGAAAAUUAAGAAGGAAAAGGAGGGGGUUAGAGCAGCUCUUCUAAUGUUAUUUUUCUGAUUUUUAGUAUUUUUCAAAUUUCAGGCUCAAAUUCACUCAAUUUUCUGAAAAAUCAAAAAUUUCAACUGUUGAAAAUUUCCUCUCACAUCUAAAAAUCAUCGCGAUGUUUUCCAGCCAGCGAACCGCAAGACUCGCAAAACUCCACCCGCGAUUCAUCGGCUCAACGAGAAGAAGUUGGUGCCACUGAGCCCCCAGCCUCCACCACAAAAUCCGAACAAGUUCCACCGGAUUCUUCUACUACCAACACUUCCCACAACACACACCAUCAACAAAGACAACAAAGACGUGGUGGAUUUGGAGGAAAUAAUAAUAAUAUGAAUCGAGGAGGUGGAAAUCGUGGAGGAGGAGGACAUCGAGGUGGCGGAGGACAUUAUAGGAAUAAUUCGACGAAAAGCUCCAGAGGUGGAGCAUUUUAAGGUUGGUUUUUUUUUUGGGUCGAUUUUGAGGUGAAAACCAGUUCGAAAAAUUAAAAAUCGAAGCUUUUUUCCGUCUUUUUUGCUCAAAUUCCUGGUUUUUUCUGUUUUUCGCGAAAAAAUGUCAGAAAAGUUGCACAUUUUUCGAUUGUAAAUCAAUGUGACACACCAAACAAAAGACAUAAAAUAAAAAAUGUUGAGAAAAUCGGGGAUUUUUUAUGGGAGUAAGGGAUUUCUAGGCUGAAAAAUUAAUCUAAAAAUUGAAUUUUCAACUCAAAAAAAUUCUGUGAUUUUCAUGAAAUAUGACAAUUUAUAAAAUAUUUUUUCCCCAUUGAAAAUCGCAGAACUCAACUUCUAGUCUGAGUUAUGACGUGGCAAAAAUCGGGUUUUUGGGAGCUGAAAACUAGCUUCAAACCUAUUAUAUUGGAUUUUCCUGAAAUCCCGAUUUUGCCACGUCAUAACUCGUGUUAGAAGUUGAGUUCUGCAAUUUUAGACGCUGGAAUCGUGAUCUUUCUAAAAAUGUAGAGUGAAAUUUGAAGCAGUUACCUUGUUAAAGAAAAAUCACUGAAAAAUAAAUUUUAAAAAAAUUUACAACCGAAUUCAAAAUUUUAGGCGGAUUUUUCAUUUGGAAAAUCUGUGAUUUUUUAAAUCAAAAUUUGCAAUUGAAAAAAAAAUUGGUGCAAUUUUCACCAACAUUUUUCCAGUUUUUAAUCAAUUUACUGCUUUGGCCAAAUUUUGAUAAAAAUUUGGUUGUUAAAAUUGGCCAAAAAGCUCCGAUUGGCCAAUAUUCGGUUAAUUUUUAACCAAAAAAUCAAUUUUCUCUUCAAAAUUCCAUAAUUUCUUACAGAUUAGGCGCAUAAUUUGA